CCACCUGGCCCAUGGACCAGCACCAGCUGGAGCUGGCCCGCGAGCGCUCCAAGACCGUCACCUCCUUCUACAACCAGUCGGCCAUCGACGCCGCCGCCGAGAAGCCCUCCGUCAGGCUGACGCCCACCACGAUGCUGUACUCGGGGCGUAAAGACAUGGCUUCAGGGGGCGGGGCUAGGGCCUGGGUCCAGGGUGCAGAGCUGGAGUGGGCAAUGGCUGAGUCCAGGGGUGGGGCUAUCUCUAGGGGGCUGGGCCCUAAGGGGGUGUGGCCAGGCGUUCCCCCUCUACCAGGCUCCACUAGGCUGUUCCAACCCAGAGCUGGUCACAUCCUGGGCCUGAACUGGCCCCCAGGGGCCAGGGCCAGGCCCACGACCUUCUGCCCACCCCCCGGGGGGGGUCUCUGGUCCCCUAAUUGCCCCCCCCUUAUCACUCCCCGCCAGAUCAAAGACCAGGAGGAGGAGGCGCGGUACUGCCAACUGGUGCGUCAGCUCCUGGAUGACCACAAGGACGUGGUGACGCUGCUGGCCGAGGGGCUGCGGGAGUGUCGGCGCCACAUCCAGGACGAGCGCCUGAUCCGGCUCUUCCUGGACAAGACGCUGACGUCACGCCUGGGCAUCCGCAUGCUGGCCACCCACCACCUGGCCCUGCACGAGGACAAGCCGGACUUUGUCGGCAUCAUCUGCACCCGCCUCUCGCCCAAGAAGAUCAUUGAGAAGUGGGUCGACUUUGCCAGACGCCUGUGCGAGCACAAGUACGGCAACGCGCCGCAGGUGCGGGUGAACGGGCACGUGGCUGCGCGCUUCCCCUUCAUCCCCAUGCCCCUGGACUACAUCCUGCCCGAGCUGCUCAAGAACGCCAUGAGGGCCACCAUGGAGUCGCACCUGGACACGCCCUACAACGUGCCCGACAUUGUCAUCACCAUCGCCAACAACGACAUUGACCUCAUCAUCCAGAUCUCGGACCGCGGCGGGGGCCUGGUGGACAUGUCCAACAGCGGGCAGUCGGGGCCCAUGCAUGGGUUCGGGUUUGGGCUGCCGACGUCGCGGGCCUACGCCGAGUACCUGGGGGGGUCCCUGUGCCUCCAGUCCUUGCAGGGCAUCGGCACCGACGUCUACCUGCGCCUGCGCCACAUCGACGGCAGGGAGGAGAGCUUCCGCAUCUAGGGUCGCCGCCCGCCUGGCUUCCCUCCCGCUCCGCUUGGGGCGCGCUCGGCAGCCUCGGAGGCCUUGGCCGGGGCCUGGGAGGUCACUUCCCGGGUGGGGGACCCCACUUCCUGUGCGGGGGAGCCUCACCUCCUGCCUGGAGUGGCCCUGCUUCCUGUCUUGGUUGAGCCCUCGUUUCCUGUUUGCGUACCCCCGGUUCCUAUUGGGGGCGCCUCCCUUCCUCUCUGGAGCGCCCCACUUUGUCCUCGUGUACACCCCGUUUCCUGGUCUGCCUAUCCCGCACUUCCUGCCUGGCGGGCCUGUGUUUCCCAGUGUGGUCGACCACUUCCUGUCUGUGGACACCCCACCUCUUGUCCUGGUUGACCCCUGCCCCCACUUCCUGUCAUAGCCAGCCCCCACUUCCUGCCUGGAGGACCUGUAUUUCCUGUCCUGCUCGACCACUUCCUGUCCCAGUCUUUCGUUCUUCCCUCCCCCAUGCACACUCGCUUCCUGUCUCGCCCCCCCCCCGUUUUUUCCCCCCCACUUCCUGUCCUCAUCACCACUCCCUGUCAACCAAGCAGACCCCCCCCCAGGACAGCAGUGCGGGGGAUGGCUUCGGAUGAGCUGCAUGGCCCUGCCCCCUCUGGCAGGAUGGGGAAGACUUUGAUCUUUGCACACGUCCCCUCCUCACCUCCCAUGGACUAUAUUUGGGAUUCUCCCAGGUGGCUUUGCGGCGGGGAGAGGAUUGGAUUCCUGUUGGACUCAUUGUAUUUCACUACCAUUAUUAAACAUGCAAAUUUGGACAGGC